CUCUAGGCGAUGCCGAGCAGCUCGGACACGGCGCUGGGGGGAGGCGGGGGCCUGAGCUGGGCGGAGAAGAAGUUGGAGGAACGCCGCAAGCGGAGGCGAUUCCUGUCCCCUCAGCAGCCGCCGCUGCUGUUGCCGCUCCUGCAGCCGCAGCUCCUGCAACCGCCGCCGCCCCCGCCGCCUCUGCUCUUCCUGGCUGCUCCCGGCACGGCCGCCGCCGCAGCCGCCGCCGCCGCGGCCUCCUCCUCUUGCUUCAGCCCGGGCCCCCCUCUGGAGGUCAAGCGGCUGGCGAGAGGCAAGAGGCGCGCAGGAGGGCGGCAGAAGCGGCGCCGCGGGCCCCGCGCCGGGCAGGAGGCGGAGAAGCGUCGGGUCUUCUCGCUGCCCCAGCCGCAGCAGGACGGCGGUGGCGGUGCUAGUAGCGGCGGGGGUGUGACCCCGCUGGUGGAAUACGAGGAUGUGAGCUCCCAGUCCGAGCAGGGGCUGCUGCUGGGGGGGGCCAGCGCGGCAACGGCGGCGACGGCUGCCGGGGGAACGGGGGGCAGCGGCGGGAGUCCGGCCUCCUCCUCCGGCACCCAGCGGCGCGGGGAGGGGUCGGAGCGCAGGCCCCGCCGGGACCGCCGCAGCAGCAGUGGCCGCAGCAAGGAGCGCCACCGCGAGCACCGGCGGCGGGAUGGGCAGCGUGGUGGCAGCGAGGCCUCCAAGUCCCGCAGCCGCCACAGCCACAGCGGCGAGGAGCGGGCCGAGGUCGCCAAGAGCGGCAGCAGCAGCAGCAGCGGCGGCCGCAGGAAAAGCGCUUCGGCCACGUCCAGCAGCAGUAGCAGCCGCAAGGACCGGGACUCGAAGGCCCACCGCAGCCGGACUAAGUCGUCCAAGGAGCCGCCUUCGGCCUACAAGGAACCGCCCAAGGCCUACCGGGAGGACAAGACCGAGCCCAAGGCCUACAGGCGGCGGCGGUCCCUCAGCCCGCUGGGAGGCCGGGACGACAGCCCGGUGUCGCACAGGGCCUCUCAGAGCCUGAGGAGCCGCAAGUCCCCCAGCCCGGCAGGAGGUGGCAGCAGCCCCUAUUCUCGGCGGCUGCCGCGCUCCCCGAGCCCCUACAGCCGCCGCCGCUCCCCCAGCUACAGCCGCCACAGCUCCUACGAGCGGGGCGGCGACGUGUCCCCUAGUCCCUACAGCAGCAGCAGCUGGCGCCGCUCUCGCAGUCCCUACAGCCCUGUGCUCAGACGGUCUGGAAAAUCCCGAAGCAGAAGCCCGUAUUCAUCUAGGCAUUCAAGAUCUCGUAGCAGGCACAGAUUGUCUAGAUCCAGAAGUCGUCAUUCUAGUAUUUCUCCUAGCACACUAACUCUGAAGAGUAGCCUGGCAGCUGAAUUGAACAAGAAUAAAAAAGCACGAGCAGCAGAGGCAGCAAGAGCCGCAGAAGCAGCGAAAGCUGCAGAAGCAACUAAGGCUGCUGAGGCUGCUGCCAAGGCUGCAAAAGCUUCAAACACUUCUACACCUACCAAGGGGAACACAGAAACCAGUGCCAGUGCAUCACAAACAAACCAUGUGAAGGAUGUGAAGAAAAUUAAAAUUGAACAUGCACCUUCUCCAUCAAGUGGUGGAACUUUAAAAAAUGACAAAGCAAAAACAAAGCCACCUCUUCAGGUAACAAAGGUGGAAAAUAAUUUGAUUGUAGAUAAAGCCACCAAGAAAGCAGUCAUAGUUGGAAAGGAGAGUAAAUCUGCUGCUACAAAGGAGGAACCAGUAUCUCUUAAAGAGAAAACCAAACCACUUACACCAAGCAUAGGAGCCAAGGAGAAGGAGCAACAUGUAGCUUUAGUGACCUCUACAUUACCACCGUUACCUUUGCCUCCCAUGCUGCCUGAAGAUAAAGAAGCUGAUAGCUUACGAGGAAAUAUUUCAGUAAAAGCAGUUAAAAAAGAAGUAGAAAAGAAACUCCGAUGUCUUCUUGCUGAUUUACCGCUGCCCCCUGAGCUACCAGGAGGAGAUGAUCUUUCAAAGAGUCCAGAGGAAAAGAAAACAGCAACACAGUUACAUAGUAAAAGGAGGCCUAAAAUAUGUGGGCCUCGCUAUGGUGAAAUCAAAGAAAAAGAUAUUGACUGGGGAAAACGCUGCGUGGAUAAAUUUGAUAUCAUCGGAAUUAUUGGAGAAGGUACUUACGGACAAGUUUACAAAGCCAGGGAUAAAGACACUGGAGAAAUGGUAGCCUUAAAAAAAGUACGUCUGGAUAAUGAAAAGGAAGGCUUUCCAAUUACAGCAAUUCGAGAAAUUAAAAUUCUCCGGCAGCUUACCCAUCAGAGUAUUAUCAAUAUGAAGGAAAUAGUGACUGAUAAAGAAGAUGCUUUGGAUUUCAAGAAGGACAAAGGUGCAUUUUAUCUGGUGUUUGAAUAUAUGGACCAUGAUCUGAUGGGACUACUGGAAUCAGGCUUGGUUCAUUUUAAUGAAAAUCACAUAAAGUCAUUUAUGAGACAGCUCAUGGAGGGUCUGGAUUAUUGUCAUAAGAAGAACUUUUUGCAUAGAGAUAUUAAAUGUUCCAAUAUCCUUCUAAAUAAUAGAGGACAGAUAAAACUUGCAGACUUUGGACUUGCUCGAUUGUAUAGCUCAGAAGAAAGUCGGCCGUAUACUAACAAGGUAAUUACUUUAUGGUACCGUCCACCUGAACUGCUACUGGGAGAAGAACGAUACACACCAGCCAUUGAUGUAUGGAGCUGUGGCUGUAUCCUUGGCGAACUCUUCACUAAAAAACCUAUAUUUCAAGCAAAUCAGGAACUUGCACAACUAGAAUUAAUAAGCCGAAUAUGUGGGAGUCCAUGUCCUGCAGUGUGGCCUGAUGUAAUCAAACUACCAUAUUUCAACACCAUGAAACCAAAGAAGCAAUAUCGUCGAAAGUUAAGAGAAGAAUUUGUUUUUAUUCCUGCAGCUGCGCUAGACUUAUUUGAUUACAUGCUCGCCUUGGAUCCUAGUAAGCGCUGCACUGCUGAACAGGCUCUUCAGUGCGAGUUCCUCCGAGAUGUGGAACCCUCAAAAAUGCCUCCACCAGAUCUCCCUUUAUGGCAAGAUUGUCAUGAGUUAUGGAGUAAAAAGCGAAGAAGACAGAAGCAGAUGGGCAUGACUGAUGAUGUUUCCACAAUUAAAGCCCCCAGGAAGGACUUGUCUCUGGGCUUGGAUGACAGCAGAACCAACACACCCCAGGGUGUGCUGCCAUCUUCACAGCUGAAAUCUCAGGGCAACUCAAAUGUGGCACCUGUAAAAACAGGCCCUGGACAGCACUUAAACCACAGUGAAUUGGCAAUUCUACUAAACCUACUACAAUCUAAAACAAGUGUUAAUAUGGCUGAUUUUGUCCAAGUGUUGAACAUUAAGGUAAACUCUGAGACUCAACAGCAGCUAAAUAAAAUAAACCUUCCUGCUGGAAUUUUGGCAACAGGUGAAAAACAGACAGAUCCAUCAACACCACAACAGGAGUCUUCGAAACCGUUGGGAGGAAUUCAGCCUUCUUCUCAGACCAUCCAGCCUAAAGUGGAGACUGAUGCUGCCCAGGCGGCUGUGCAGAGUGCAUUUGCAGUUCUGUUGACUCAGUUAAUAAAGGCUCAGCAGUCAAAGCAGAAAGAUGUGCUACUAGAAGAGAGGGAAAAUGGAUCGGGACAUGAAGCGUCAUUACAACUCAGGCCACCUCCAGAACCCAGCACUCCGGUGUCGGGACAAGAUGACCUCAUCCAGCAUCAAGAUAUGAGGAUCUUGGAGCUAACGCCAGAACCAGACCGGCCUCGAAUUCUGCCUCCUGACCAACGACCUCCCGAGCCUCCUGAACCACCACCAGUCACUGAGGAAGAUCUAGAUUAUCGGACAGAAAACCAGCAUGUACCCACCACCAGUUCGUCAUUAACUGACCCUCAUGCCGGAGUGAAGGCAGCCCUGUUACAGCUGCUUGCUCAGCAUCAGCCCCAGGAUGACCCCAAAAGAGAAGGUGGGAUUGAUUAUCAAGCAGGAGACACUUACGUGUCCACUUCAGACUACAAGGACAACUUUGGAUCCUCUUCUUUCUCUUCUGCUCCUUAUGUUGGCAAUGAUGGUCUAGGAAGCAGUUCUGCUCCACCACUAGAACGACGUAGUUUCAUUGGAAAUUCAGAUAUUCAGUCUUUGGAUAACUACAGUACUGCUUCAUCUCAUUCUGGUGGUCCACCUCAGCCUUCUGCCUUUUCUGAGUCAUUUCCCAGUUCAGUAGCUGGAUAUGGAGACAUUUACCUCAAUGCUGGUCCCAUGUUGUUUAGUGGAGACAAGGACCAUAGAUUUGAAUAUAGCCAUGGUCCUAUUGCAGUCCUGGCAAACAGCAGUGACCCUUCCACGGGGCCAGAGAGUACUCAUCCUUUGCCAGCAAAGAUGCACAACUAUAACUAUGGUGGUAACUUACAGGAAAAUCCGAGUGGCCCCAGCCUCAUGCAUGGACAGACCUGGACUUCUCCUGCCCAAGGACCUGGAUAUUCACAAGGAUACAGGGGACAUAUUAGCACAUCAGCUGGCAGAGGCAGAGGCAGAGGGUUACCAUACUGAGUAUCUGUUUUUCCUCAGGCACAUCAUUUUUAUCUGGAAAGACUUUUCUAGCUGCAAUUUAAGGCAGCAAUCCAAGAGACUUGAAUAAUAAUAAUUCAACAACAGCUUUAUUUUUAUGUGGAGAAGGGUCUUGCAUACAAUAGUUUAAAAAAGACAAAAAAAAAACCUUUGCUUAAAUUCAUGCUGUUCUAAAAACUAGAUCUAUCGAUUGUACAUCUUCACAAAUUCUAGUUAACAAUUUUAUUUUGUAUUCUUGCAGUUUUAAGUGGAUGCUAAUUUUAGGGACAUAAGCCUUUUAUGGCCCUCUUGCAGAUCUUCUGAACUAUGCACAUUUGUGCUUUUUUUGUAAGUUUGGACCAACUUUUAUGUAACAAACAGCCCCUCCCCAUCUCCAGUUUUACAACAAUCAGAAAGGGCACUGAUUUAUUUGGUAUUUUUCUUUUUACAAAGCUACCUUUAGUCAAAGGUCACUGUCAGUCUUUGCACCUGCUUUCAGUGUUAUUGUGAAAGGUGUACUUUGUGCUCAUUUCAGAAAAUAAAACACAACCUUUCUCUUGA